GUUGACAACAUGAAUUUCAUAAGAGAGCUGCAUGCAUACAGAUCACAGAAGGGACUAGAUGUUGGAGGAACUGUGCCUUUGGCAUUUAUAUCGACAGUAAAUGGCUAUCACAGUUAUCACAGGAAGCCGUUGGACGGAAUCAGAUUUAUGAUGAACUGUCAACCAGAGCCUACAAAUAGGCACGACAUAAACGCUGUGCUCGUUAAAGCCCCUACAGAUGUUGACCCAAACAUUUUGGAUAUUGAAACACACACCCCUCCAAGGAGGCAGACGGUUAGGGAUCUUCUAGGACACACAAUCGGUCAUGUCCCCAGGAACAUUUGUGGUAUACUAAGUAUUUGUAUGCUGCAUAGGAGAACGCUACAGUCUGCAGUAUGCUUUUUUACAGGAGAGAUGAUCCAUGAUCAUCAAGGACCAAAACUGAAGUCUGUGUAUUGCUUAGUAUUUGACAGUUUUGAAUCUGCCAGAUCAGCAGCUGAUAUCUUGAAAUUAUAUGUUGAUGAACAGUUUAUUUAUAUAUAA